AUGGCAGACAGCAUCCGACUAUAUGUCGGCAGCUUGCCCUACCAAGCUCGGCUCUCCGACGUGGAAGACCUCUUCUCUCAACACAAAAUCGCAGUACAAAAUAUCGAUAUCUUCAUCGACCCCUUCACAGGCCGCAAUCCCGGCUACUGCUUCAUAGACUUCUGGACCCCCAACGAUGCCCGCGAAGCUUUAAUGUGCCUUCCAGGCUCCCUGGUCCGCGGCAGACCAAUCAAGAUCAACCUCAACACCCGCAAGCACCGCAAUGUCAACCCAAGCAGACUCUCUCAAGGUCGACCUACAAUCAUCUACGACCGCGGUCAUCAAGUGGAUAUCGUGCGUACGCGCCCGGUAGACGAUCAAGACUAUGCCUUCGACCGCUGGGACAAAGUCAAAAGUAACUCCAAUCCUCAAGCACACUGGACAGCGCCCACGGAAGAGAAACGACGACUUUACGUCGGUGGACUUCCGCGGAUCCCAUAUCAGCGGGCUGUCAAUGCGGAUAUGAUGGAUCUUUUCCAGGAUUAUAAUGUUCAGGCUGUGAGUAAGAUCAUCUCUCCUCAUCCUUCGAUGCACAACGAGCCUGGGUCGCACUACUACUGCUUCGUUGACCUAGCCACCGCGGAGCAAGCGGAACAGGCAAAAAGACUUCUCGACGGGGCUUUAACACUGUAUGGUGGUCUCUUCAAGAUCUCGUUGUCUCGCAAGUCGCAUCGGCCAACGAAAGUGGAACGAGAGCAGCUUGGCAUAGUCGAUGAAACGGUCAGAGAAGACCGCCCUGCGCGGAACUUGGCUGGGAACUGGAGGCGCGCCGAUUAA